AUGCAAUCGCCAACGCCAAAGUCUCUUCACAGGCUAAGCAUCGAUAAUCCAUGGUUCGCUGUGCAUCCUCUAUUCUGGACAUUACAGCACCUGCGUCUCUUGCACUGCUAUUUCCAGCACCUCGACUCUGCCAUCACUACCUCUUCAUCACCCUCGAGCGUCGCCGACAAGGACCUCACACUGCAUUCCCGCCGCCUAGCAAAGAUCCGCUCGCCAAUUGUUAAGUCAAUUUCUGUCGGCCACUUGCUGUGCCAUCAGGGCAGUCCGAUGGAGAAAGUUGAUGGCUCUCCUCCUUUCCUCUUCGCCGGGCGUGGCGUGCAUUUACCAGAAUGCCAUAUCUUUCGGGUGCGCGCAACAGGCAUUCAAAAGCGGCCGAUUGUUGGGUAUUACCACUAUAACAAUGUUGCUCGGGAGCGACAACGAGCGCUGACGCCAAAAUCGCAUCCAAACGGUAGCUAUAAUUAUCCCGUGUCGAGAAUAUAUCAGCGCCGAUUGCGCAACGUGGCUCCUGCGCUAUGGUUUGAAGAUCCGUACUUGGUCUGUAUUUUAUUGUCCUUGGCUCAAUUACAACGGCGAAGGCGUCAAUUGCCACGACCGAAGACUUUCAAUGCACGGUUGCUUGUAACGAACAAGUCCGAUACAACCCACGCGCACAUUUUCCAAGCCGACAUUCCCUACGACGUUCUGGAGACACUCGAUCAUCCGACACUCGACAUGGAAAACAUUAAGUGGCCGACGAUACGCCACAUCCAAGUCCCAUUUGAACCGUAUUCGAGCUUCGCCGAACGCAUUGUUGUGCAGUUGGUCGAUGAUGAGUACAAAUCUGAUGUCAAAACUCAAGCUUCGAUGAUACCACGAGGAGAGAAGCGGAAGCGCGAUAAGUCGGAUGCCAUGGGACAAAGGAGAAACGUCAAGAGCUUGGAUUCGAUGCGACUUGCAGCAGUGUCAUUAGCUAACGGCUGA